UAUAUAUAAAUAAUAUAUAUAUAAAAAUAUAUAGUCUAUUUGCAGUUGAAAUCAAUUAUAAAAUUUUACUAUACUACGAAAAAAUUUUACAUAUCUAUAAUAUAAUAACAACAUUUGUUACACAUUUCCAAGUACGCAUAUGUGAAAGAGAAAUAUUCACCCCUUUUCCAAAGCCGGCCGCUUUAAUGAUAAUUUUCUGUAAUGAAUGAUUCACCUGCAAUGAUUUUUUUUAUCUAGGGUACGCUUAUCCAGUUUUUAUCUUAUAUUUGUUGAUGAUAAAGAGAAUGCUAGUCAGAAGAAUCAGUUAUACACUGUCGUAUGCGUUCAUAUCACUCACAUUACGAUUCACACCACGUUUUCAUAUUAAUUUCAUUUGUUAAUUUAUAAAGCGAUUUCCGCGGAAAGCGAAGAUCCGCGUUCAAACGUGUUUCUUCGUUGAUAAAAUUUAUUCGAAAUAUACGAGUGUUAAAAGAUAACAAGUGGAACAAUGGUUGCGAAAACUUCCGGUCCCCAAUUAGAACAACGAAUUCAGUGUAUAAAAUUUACCAUUUUUUGCUUGAAUGCCAUCAUAUGGCUACUUGGAAGCUCAAUGUUUGGAUUAUGCAUGUGGCUAAGGAUGGAUCCAGGUUUUCAGGAAUGGGUUGAAUUCCUCGAGAUAUACGAAUUUUACAUCGGCAUUUACAUCUUACUUGCGGCUUCGAUAUUUAUCAUAAUUAUCACGUUCAUCGGCUGUGGAGUCGCUCUUAUGGAACAUAUUCUUGGCCUCUAUAUUUACGCGGGACUGCAAUUACUUUCCUACGUUCUUGGUCUCGUUGGGACAGCACUUCUCCUCGAUUAUUCCACUUACGACAGUAAGAUUCAGCCUCUUAUACGACGAUCCAUGACCUCCCUCAUCAAUAACUACCACGACGAAAGAGCAACGUACAUUUUACAAUUAAUUCAAGAAAGCAUCGGUUGCUGUGGUGCCGAUGGUCCGAUGGAUUAUAUAACCUUGAGGAAACCGUUGCCCACUGAAUGUAGGAACACGGUUACUGGAAAUGCUUUCUUCUACGGAUGUGUCGAAGAAAUUUCAUGGUUUUUGGAGGGAAGAUCGGGCUGGCUGGCUGGUUUAUCAUUGGCUCUAUGCAUGCUUCACAUAAUAAUAGCUGCUCUAAGCUUAACGUUGGUCCGAGCUAUUAAGAAGGAAGAACAAUACGUCACGUUCAAACGUUAAUUCAUAUUAAUUUUCAUGCCAAUUUUCGCAUAUCCUCCUGCAUUCCAUAAUAAUGUACAUAUCUAAUUGCUAGACUGCGGAUGUUUGUGCAUUUAUAGUAAACUGAAAGUAGAAUUUUGCAAAAAUACUCACGGCAUGGAAAGAUGUAUAAAAUUUUAUUAAAAGUAAAAUACACUUUGUAAUAUUUAAUAUUACAAUCUAUUGAAACACUUCAUACGCUAUUCUGAUGGAUAAAUAUAAAUGCAAAACAUCAAAUAUACGUAUUGUGCAGGUAUGCAUUAACAUUUGCAGACUAUUAAAAAUGGCAUUAUAAUAUUAUAAUAUUUCGUAAGUUAAUAUGUAAUAUUUUUUAACAAAUAUCCAACAACAGUUUUUUUUUUUUUUAAAUCUUUACAUAGAGCAAAUAUAAAUGAAAUGGAGUAUCCUCAGCAUAUAUCGAAUGUAUUCUUCGUCAAAAGAAAAUUUUUCUGCUGCUCUGUCCGUAUCACAGGAUUUAGAAAAUUACGAACGCAUGCUCGCUCUAAAUUUAGAAUUCAAUUUCGUUACGUGUCACCAUAUGUUUCAUAUUUUUGGAUUGUUCGUGCUUACUUUAGAAUACUAAACGAAUGAUACUAGAUACUUAUAAUGUAUUCUUCUUAUCGAUAAUGUUACGUCGAUGUUCUACCUAUUACUUACUACUUAUUAUUUUUUUAUACUACACAACAUUUCAAUAUUGUUUUAUAUAUGUUCUAUAAAUACAUAUUUCAUCAAGACUAUGACAUUUCACGAGCUGUUUCGUUCUUCUUGCUUCCAAUACAAACAUAUGGCAAGCGACAUAAGCAAGCAAGAAUAGAACAAUGACAGUUUUACUUCUCUAUCAUUAUUUCCGACUAAAUUAAACCAAGUGAAAAAUAUAAUUUAUUCUGGUCGAAUUGACAUUAUUAUGUUAUAUUAAUAUUCAAUUUUUUAAUUAUGUAUAAUAAAAUGUAAUAAUUUAAAAUAUAAUAACUUAGUUUUA